AUGCCUUUGACUGGCCACUGUUUGUGCAAAGCUGUCACCUACUCGGUGGACGUGGAGGCACCGGCUCUUACUGCGUAUGACCACUGUGACGAUUGCCAGCGCCAGAGUGGCUCAACUUACUCUCUUGUCGCGGUAGUCCCCAAGGACAAACUUAAUAUCAAUGGGCCUGUGAAAAGCUGGGCAGGAAAGGGUUCUUCUGGUAACGCAGUUCACCGGAUCUUCUGCUCAGAAUGCGGUUCCCCCAUUGCACAUGAUCCCGAUGCCGCCCCGGAGAUCAUUGCCAUCAAGGCCGGAACUCUUGAUGUAGAAAUCAAGAAGAACCUCAAGCCCGACACCGAAAUCUGGACAGUUAGCAAGCUGCCAUUCUGCCAGGAGCAUCUCGCGAAGCCCUUCAAGCACAUGCCGGAGUAA